UCUUCUAUUUUUUUUUUUUUUCUAACACCAAAACAAUAAUGAGUCAAGAACUUCCUGUUAAUCCUCAAUACACUACUUUACCUCAUCCUGGACUUGAAGAUGUUGAUAUCGAUGGUUUAAAACACAAGUGCCCUGCUUUUGCUACAGGUUGUCCUUAUGCCAAGAUUGAUGAAGUCGAUUCUCUUGCUGUAUCUUUUGGUGAACUUUCAAAAUGUCCUGCUUUCCAAAAAGGUUGUCCUUUCUCGAAUAAAUCAAAAGAAGAAAUCUCAACUCUUUUAGCCACUAUUCCUAAAGAACAUCCUACUUUGAAUAUGAAUGAACUUCCAUCCUGUGAAGAAGGCAUCGCUUUGGUUAAAAUCUUGAAUCAAUUCCUUACUGUGUCCCAAUUAGACUCUCUCUUUAAUGAAAAGAAAUCUGAUAUACAAGAGGAAAUUUUGGAAGAUCCCCAAUUGGCUCAAAAAAUGCGUGAAGGCACCAAAGUGGUUCAUCGUGCUGCAGAAACCAGUGUUUUCACUAGACGAUUCUUGAAAGGUGAUAUUACUCGAGAAGAAUAUGGACGAUAUAUCUUGUCUCUUUACUUUGUUUACCAAAAAAUGGAAGCUUUAUUGCAACAACACAAGGAUCAUCCAGCAGUUAAACUUAUUCAUUUCCCAACCGAAUUAAACCGAGAGCAAGCAUUAUUACAAGAUUUGGAGUUCUUUUAUGGCAAGGAAGGUGCAAUCAAACAAGUCACGGAUACCAAGAACGUGACCCCAGCUGUGAAGUCAUAUGUGGAUGCGAUGGAACAAGCCUGUGCUAAAGAACCUGCUUUAUUGAUUGCUCACAGUUACUCUCGCUAUCUUGGUGAUCUUAGUGGAGGACAAAUUCUAGCCAAGCGUCUCAAGACCGCGAUAUUGGGUCUGAAACCAACCGAUGUUGCCUGGGAUACCAAAGAUGGAUUGGCUUUCUAUCAUUUUGAACAAUUAGGAAAUCAAGCUGAAUUCAAAGACUUUUACCGUCAACGUUUGAAUGGGGCUCAUGUCAAUGCUACUACUCGUGAUAUGAUUGUAUCUGAAGCUGUGCGUUCUUUUGAGUUGAAUAUUGCUGUCUUUGAUGAAAUUCAACACUUGUCUGAAUCUAACCAAUUACCUCCUAUGGACAACAAAUCUUCUUUUACCAAAACAACUGUAGAAAAGGAUCAAGAUGGAAAUACAAUCACUACCACUUACACUACAACUACUACUACCACUUAUACCGAUGGAUCUUCACCCAGUGAGAAACAUCGACAACGAAGACAACAACGUCGUCGUCCUACACCUGCCGAUUCAAACAUCACUUGUUGGAUCAUGGGUACCACACUUGCCAUCACUGCCAUCUCCGUGGGUUUACAUGUAUACAAACGUUAUUAUUUGAAGGAAAAAUAGGGUGAAUCUUGUCUUUUUAUGUAGUUAUAGUUGUUUUUUAUUUAUUUAUAUAUAUAUUUCAAUAAAGAAAAAAAAAGGACCGUUGUUUAUUAUA